UUGAGCACCACUCAAACCAGUUAGAGCUAACUGACAUGUCAGCAGGCUUUACACUCUUCUUAUCUCCAAGACACCCACCACUUGCCGAAAGAUCGCAAAUCAAUCAAGGGUGCCAAUGGGUCAUCCUUCACGUGUAAUGUGUCGUGAUGUACUGAUGAUGGUGUGGGUGUCGCCUCCUCAAUUUAUGUCUUUUUUAUACACUUUCGUUUAAGAAGUCUAGCUUCGGACAGGACUGAUAUGAGGACCCCUCCCUUUCGGUUUUGAAUAAGAAGGGCCAGAUAUCCUCUCCUCCUCCACUGUAACCCAAGUACCCAUCUCGAGCAAGUCCAAGCUGUAUAUUCUGUGCAACACACUGUCCUCAUAAUCAUCAUGCAACGAUACGAAUCCCUUCCACCACAAUUUUACCUUCAGGAUCUAGCUGCCAUCACUGGCCGAGUCUGCGAGCUCAGAGUCAAUCCUUACCAAGCCGACGCCGACCGUGCAGCGCGCUCAUGGUUCAACCAAAUAAGUGUGUACGAUGAUAGGAAGAAGUCAAAGUUCCUCAACUACGGCAAAUUCGAUCUCUUUGCUGCAUUAAGCUUUCCAGAUGCUGACUCUGCACAUCUUGAAACUUGUAUUAUGUUCUUUUUCUGGGCUUUUUCGACGGACGAUCUUUCUGACGAAGGCGACCUACAAUCCAAACCUGACGCAGUGCAAGCUGGACAUGAUAUCUCCGUUAGUGUUUACACAAACCCUGAUGGUUCCCGCCCAAAAUACCCAUAUGCUGCAAUGCUGUACGACUUGCUAACGCGAUUCCGCGGAACAUCUACCAUUGGAGCCUAUAACCGGUUCAUUAAAGCAUUUGAGGCAUGGAGUAGCUCUCAAGUAUCACAAUCUCGCAACCGUUCUCAAGAUCGAAUGCCCUCGGUUGAGGAAUUCAUUCUCAUGCGUCGUGCGACCAUCGGCGGCGCUCUUGUGGAAGCGAUGAUCGAGUAUUCUCUUGACUUGGAUCUUCCGGACGUUGUCUUUGAAAAUCCUAUCAUCAAAGCGAUGUCAGACGCGACAACCGACCUUAUGACAUGGCCAAACGACCUUUGUUCUUUCAAUAAAGAACAAGCUGACGGCGAUUACCAAAACCUUGUCUUUUGUAUCAUGCAUGAACGCGAUGUCGGCUUGCAGGAAGCCAUUAACAUUCUCACUGAGAUGUUGAAUCAACGCGUGGACGACUACGUCAACCUUAAGAGCCAGCUUCCGUCAUUUGGUGCCGACGUGGAUGCCGAGCUGGAAAUAUACCUUCAUGCGCUGGAAAACUUCACGCAGGGGACCGUAAUGUGGUAUUAUCUCAGCCCGAGGUACUUCCGCGGCGUCGAUGUCACCAAUCGCGAGGACCUCGUUGUGCCACUCUUCGAGAAAGGAGCAUUCUAAUGUGUGGCGCUCUGUGACAUAUCUUGUUUUUAUUUUGUAAAUAAUGCUCAUA